AUGACCCUCUGUCUGUAUGAACGCGAGGAUCUCAGGGAUUAUAAGAGGUGCCGAUAUAGGAUUUUGCGUGGAGUCUCCCUAGAACUGGAACACGAACAGUUUGGAAAUUUUGAGUGUUGCUAUAUGAAAUCGGUUAACCGGACUUAUAAAUAUGUUACCAUUAAAUACUAUUUCAACAAACUUCCAAUUACCAGUAUACAAGUUAAUGUGGCGUUGUUUAAACGAUUUAAUGGAUACAAGCCAUUCCUGUACAAUGUCACUGUGGAUGGUUGCAAGUUUCUGAAAAACCAAAAGUCAAAUCCCGUCGUAAAAUUCUUUUUCGAAACAAUUGAUUCAUUUUCGAACAUAAACCACUCAUGUCCCUAUAAUCACGGAAUCAUUUUUGAUAAACUUAGCAUUGAAGCUGUGAAUCAUCAGUUCACAAAGAUCCUACCAUUCUCUGAGGGAGAUUAUAUGUUGGAAAUAAACUGGAUGUCCUUCGAGAAACUGAGAGCUGUAACCAUGUUUUAUGGCACUCUUUCUUGA